GUUAAGGCUCAUCUUUGGUGGCGGGGUCCAGGCACCCUUUGGAGAACUUGAACCAGAGAGCCUAGGGGCCUUUCCAUCUGCCAGCAGCAAGAGACGCUGUGUCAAGGCGCGCCUCCCCAAGGUCAGCGGGCCGGUGCCAGGAGGUCCUGGGAGAUCUCAGAUGCUCUCCUGGACGACGGCGGGGAUGUUGUGCUGACACUGUGGUCCUCGAGGGAGCGCCCUCUGCCUGCCUUCCAUCCCUUCUGCCAUCAGGAACUUCCUGGUUGGGGAAGAAGUUAUCCAUGCUCACACUGGACAGGCGGAAGCCGAGACCACAGAAAUGACCAGGCCCUACAUAAAGAGGCUGUCCUUCACCCUACUGGAUUCCAUCACUGACAAGGACCCUGUGGUACAGGAGCAGGUCUGCAGUGCACUAUGCUCCCUUGGAGACGCGCAGCCAGAUGAGACACUCCAUGCCUGUGAGGAGUACCUACGGCAGCAUGACAAGCUGGCUCAUCCAUACCGUACGAAGAUCCUGAGGGCCAUGGAGACAGUACUGACCAGUCACAUCCAUGACGUGGACAAGGACACUGCUGGCACUGUCAUUCUCUUGGCUUCCAGUGAGAUGACAAGGACCAAGGAGCUGGACUGUGAUUGGCAGCAGGCUGCCAGCAGCAUCCUGGUGGCCGUGGGGAAGCGAUUCACCAACCAGGUGAUGGAGGAGGUGCUCAGCAGGUUCCAGCCUGGAAUGCUGCCUCACUCUUCAGUGCUGCACACACUUGCUAACCUCUCAGUGUCCAAUGCAUUUGACAUGGUUCCCUUUCUGCCGUCCAUCCUGAGUACCAUGCUUCCUAUGCUGGGCAUGGCCAAGCAGGAUGCGCUGAAGGUGGUGUUCUGCUGUGCUCUGCAGCACUUCAGUGAAAGCAUCCUGGAAUACCUGGCCAACCUGGACCAAGCCCCAGACCCCACAGUCAGGAAGGACACCUUUGGUGCUGACAUCUUUGGCGCCUAUGAUGUUCUUUUCCACCACUGGCUGCAGAGCCGAGAUACCAAGCUCCGGCUUGCCGUGGUAGCGGCUCUGGGUCCCAUGAGCCACCUGCUUCCCAGUGAGAGGUUGGAAGAGCAGCUCCCUAAGCUCCUCCCUGCAGUACUCGGCCUCUACAAGAAGCAUGCAGAUACCUUUCAGAUAUCGAAGAGCCUGGGCCAGAUUCUGGAGGCAGCUGUGAACGUGAGCAGCCGCACACUGGAGGUUCAGCUGGACGCCCUCUUGGCGGCUCUUCAUGCUCAGAUUUGCGUGCCUGUGGAGUCCUCGAGCCCCCUGGUGAUGAACAGCCAGAAGGAGGUGCUUCGCUGCUUCACAGUCCUGGCUGGCUGCUCUCCUGACCGUCUGCUGGCCUUCUUACUGCCCAGGCUGGACACCAGCAACGAGAGGCUCCGAGUGGGGACCCUGCAGAUCCUGAGACACAUCAUCAACUCGGCUGCUGCCCAGAUGGAAGCUAAGAAGCCCUUUAUCCUCUCCUCCAUGAGGCAGCCUCUUCUGGACACCAACGAUAAGGUGAAACGGGCUGUGGUUCAGGUGAUCAGCGCCAUGGCCCACCACGGCUACCUGGAGCAGCCUGGCGGUGAGGGGAUGGUGGAUUACAUUGUGCAGCAGUGUGCUCUACCCGCCGAGGAGCCUGAGAAGCCUGGCCCUGACGGGGAGGAGCUGGCGGCAGACAGUGUGCGGGCAGUCAGUAUCCGCACCCUCUACCUAGUCAGCACCACAGUGGACAGGAUGAACAGCGUGAGUGUUCUCUGGCCCUACCUCCUCGAGUUCCUCACCCCGGUGCGCUUCACUGCGGCCCUCACCCCGCUCUGCAGGAGCCUUGUGCAUCUAGCCCUGAAGAGACAGGAGGCAGGGGCAGAGGAUCUCCUCCUCCAGUACAACUCGAACGCAAACCUCCCGUCUCCCUUCGCUCUGACCACACGACUGCUGGUUGUGUCUUCUAAUCCCUACCUGGGAGAUGGCCGUGGGGCAGCCUCCUUGCGCCUCCUGAAGGUUAUGCAUCAGAAUAUCCACCCUUUACUGGGCCAGCGGUGGGAGACGACCAUGCCUGUGCUGCUAGAAUACCUGGACGAGCACACUGAGGAAACCCUGUCACUGAAGGAAUGGGAAGAAAAGCUUCUAGUGUUCCUACGAGACACCCUGGCUGUGGUAUCUGACAACAUAUGGAUCUGCCAGCUGAGCCAGGAGAUGUGCAAGCAACUACCCUCUUACAGCGGGACUCCUCAGGAGAAGAAUUUCCUGUAUAAGUGCAUAGGAACCACACUGGGUGCUGCUUCCAGUAAGGAGGUGGUACGGAAACACCUCCAAGAGCUGUUGGAGACAGCCAGAUACCAAGAAGAGGCAGAGCAGGAGGGCCUUGCCUGUUGCUUUGGGAUCUGUGCCAUUACCCACCUUGAGGACACUCUAGCACAGCUGGAGGACUUUGUGAGGUCAGACGUGUUUAGGAAGUCCACCAGCAUCUUUAGCAUUUUUAAGGAUCGAAGUGAGCACGAAGUAGAAAGGAUGAAGAGCUCUCUGAUCCUGUGCUACGGGCACGUGGCUGCACAGGCCCCUCGGGAACUGGUGCUGGCCAGAGUCGAGUCUGACAUCCUCCGCAGCAUGUUUCAGUGCUUCAAUACCAAGGUUCUGGGAAUAAAGGUAGAGACCAAGGACCCGGCCCUGAAGCUCUGCCUCGUCCAGAGCCUGUGCAUGGUCAGCCAGGCCAUGUGUAGCAGCGCACAAGCCAGCUCCUUCCACUUCUCAAGGAAAGCAGAGCUGAUGGCACAGAUGACGGAAUUCAUCAGAGCUGAACCCCCAGACUGCCUGAGAACACCCAUUCGGAAGAAAGCCAUGCUUGCCUGCACAUACCUGGUCAACUUGGAGCCUGCACUGGAGGAGCAGGCUCAGGCAGAUGUGAUCCAUAGCUGCUUACACAGUGUCAUGGCCCUGCCACCUGAGCCUGAGGGAGAAGACGGCAUCUGCCAGGAGCCUCUGUAUCAGGACACGGUGUGUGCCCUUGAAGACUUGUUAACCAGCCUGCUGCGGCAGAACAUGACCCCCCAAGGCCUGCAGAUCAUGGUAGAGCACCUGAGCCCAUGGAUCAAGUCCCCAAGGGGUCAUGAGCGGGCACGAGCACUUGGCUUGGGCGCCUGCCUGCUGGAGUUCUUCCUGGAGCAUUUGCAUGUCAGUACAUUGGUACCUUUCCACAAUCUGGGUCUCCUGGUCGGUCUCUUUGCUCCACGGUGUGCCGACACAUGGACUACCACCCGCCAGGAAGCCGUGGGCUGUGUCUACUCCCUGCUGUACUUGCAGCUGGGUUAUGAGGGCUUCUCCCGAGACCAUCGUGACGAUGUGGCUGAGCGGCUCCUGACCCUGAAAGAUGGCCUUGUGCACCCUGACCCCACCAUCCUCUUCCACACUUGCCACAGCAUAGCCCAGGUUAUUGCCAAGCGCCUCCCGUCAGAGCAGCUCAUCAGCCUCUUGCUCACCAUGUUUGAGAGCCUGGGAGACCCAGACAAGAACUGCUCCCGUGCGGCCACCGUCAUGAUCAACUGUCUGCUGAAGGAGCGGGGCAACGUGCUGCUGGAAAAGGUACCUGAGAUUGUGAGUGUGUUGCGAGCCAAACUGCGGGAUACCCAGGAGGAACACGUCCUACCAGCUGCCCAGCACAGUGUGUACCUCUUAGCAUCUCAGCACUGCGAGGCUGUGGUAUCCAGUCUCCUGGGGAGCCCCCUGCCCUUUGACAGCCACAUGUGUGCCCUGUGGCGGGCACUAGCUGUGGAGCCCAGCCUCACUGCUCAGGUCUUAGAGCUGCUCCUGGAGAAGAUGAGCAAAGAUGUCCCGUUCAAGGAGAGCCGGGCCUUCCUCCUGGGCAGCACUGCAGACAGAGUAGCUACAAUGCUUCCCCUUGCGGCCACCUGUGCACUGUAUGAAGUCCUGUCUGCCCCAUCAUCUGGAACCGUGGUACUGGAGCUCUACCCUCAGCUAUUUGUAGCACUUCUACUACGAGUUAGCUGUACUGUGGGUGUCCAACUGCCCCGGAACCUGCAAGCCAAGGAGCGGAAAAGCACCAGCCCAGCCAGAGCAGCCAGGAAUCUUGAUCCCUGCAGCUCUGCAGUGGAUGCCCUUCAGGCCUUGCUGCUCCGAAGUGGCAGUCAGGAUGUGCUGCGCUGUGUUGAACUGGAGGGAGGCUGGGAGCUGCUUAGGACCUCAGCAGGGCAUGAAGAUGGAGUUGCCCAGCUGGCAAGUUCCAUGGCAAAGUAUGCGGGCCCCCGACUGCCUCUGGUGAUGAAGGCACUCGGGUGCACACAGAACAGCGUGUAUGAGAUCCAGAGGGUCACUUCUACAGCUUUCCUGGCUGAGCUACUCAGCAGUAACGUGGUCAACGACCUGAUGCUCCUGGAACCACUGCUCGACAACCUGACAGCCCGGCUGAAGGACUCAAGUGCCAGUGUACGGCGUCUAGUGCUCCGAGGGCUGGCCAACAUGGCCUCUGGAUCACCUGACAAGGUGCGAGCUCAUGGCCCACAGCUCAUGACAGCCAUGGUCAGUGGACUGGACGAUGGUGAUGAACCACACAGUCUAGUGGCCUUGGAAGCCAUGGUGGGCCUUUCACGGCUGCUGGAUCUAGUGGAGCCAUGGGACCUACGCUUGGUGCUGCUGCACACAACCAUUCGCAUCCGGCCCUUCUUUGACAGUGAGAAAGUGGAGUUCAGGACAGCAUCCAUCCGCCUUUUUGGACACCUCAACAAGGCCUGCCAUGGGGACUGUGAGGAUGUCUUCCUGGAGCAGGUCGUGGGUGGGUUGGUGCCACUCCUACUGCAUCUGCGGGACCCUCAGGUUCCAGUGGCCAGUGCCUGCAAGUUUGCCCUGUGCAUGUGUGUCCCCCAUCUGGAAUGUGCUGAGCUGGCCGCUGCUUUCUACAAGUACCUUCAGGAGGGCCGCAGUGUGCACUUUGGGGAAUUCCUCAAUUCCACGUGCAAGCACCUGAUGCACCACUUCCCUGACUUGCUGGGCCGCCUGGUGAGCACCAACCUGUUCUACUUCAAAAGCAGCUGGGAUGACGUCAGAGCUGCUGCCCCCAUGUUCACAGGGUUCCUGGUGCUGCAUGCAGAGCCUGAACAAAGGACUCAGGUGGACCUGGAGCAGCUCAUUGUAGCCCUGCAGCUCCUCCUAAAGGACCCAGUGCCUGGGGUACGGGAGAAAGCUGCUGAGACGCUGGGCCGCCUGGUGAAGUUUGCCUGAGGCUGACUGUACUCCUGCAAGCAAUAUGUGGCUUGUCCUGCCUAGAGGACUCUGCUGCCCCAAUUUAUUGCCCAAUAAAGCCAGUUACACCUCA